AACUAUUCAAAAUAUGCCACGCACUCCUGAUUGAGCAAUAUCUUCAUGAGUAUCGGCCUGUUAUAAAAUGGGAACAUUGCAAGAGAGGCUGUCACGAGAGUAACAUCAUCAGGACAGGGACAACACAUCUGCUUCCAACUGAAGACAUAACAACACUGUCUGUGAGACAGUCAUGCAGAGUGUGCGUACUCUGGUUCUUGCUACUGCCAAAUUUGGAAGUAAGGUUCAGAGCCUUAAAGCAAGCAGACAACUACGUUUUUCUUCCACCUUCUCGUCAACGUCAGGUUUCAGAGCUGUUCAUAGCUCUGAAGUUAAGCACCAAGGUCCAGUAGCUAAACCCAAGGAUGAGGAAAAGCAACAGGUGGUGCUGGUAAAUGCAAUACGAGACAUUGAUGGCAGCAUGAUUACUAUUGGAACAUCCACUGGAGAGCAGCACCAGUAUCCUAGUGUAUGGUUGCGAGAUAACUGUCAGUGCCCCAAAUGCUUCAACACGACAAUGCAGUCACGAACAGUAGACUGGAAGUACUUUGACAUCAACAUUAAGCCGACCCAUGUUAUGGCAGAAGAGAACCAGCUGAAACUGGUGUGGAAUGAUGGGCAUGAGAGUGACUAUGACUUAAACUGGCUUCUGGAACGAAGUUUCACAGAAAAUGUGCGUAAAGAAUGGAUGAAACAGCACUACCCUAUGACAAGGAUUUCUUGGGGUACCGUUGACUUUAACAAAAUCCUCAAAAAAUAUGACUUCAAUGAUAUUCUCAACAGUGAUGCAACAUUGCUAGACUGGCUGGAAAAUAUUGCAACAUAUGGAAUUGCUCUCAUUGACAACACACCACCACAGGAAGAUCAACUGAGGAGAGUUGCUGACAGAGUAGGCUUCAUCAGACGAACACAGUAUGGGGAGGAGUACAUGGUGAAGCACCAGCCAGGGACCAGCAACCUGGCAUACACAUCAGGAAACCUCCAGAUGCACACAGACUUGCCAUACUAUGAUUACAAGCCAGGCAUCAACAUGCUGCACUGUCUGGUGCAAACAGAAGGUACUGGUGGAGAAAACCAAGUCACAGAUGCAAUGCAUGUAGCUGAAAAACUGAAGAGGGAAAAACCUGAAGUCUACAAGGUGCUAACAGAAACUCCUGUUGAAUGGUGUGAUAUAGGCCAGGAGUCUGGGUAUUCAUUCCACAGCCUAUACCGGACACCUGUCAUACUCAACGACUCCAAUGGUGAUUUUCUACGUGCUGACUAUAGCCAGCAACAGCGAGACUCACACUUUUCUGUGCCUCUUGAUCAAGUCAUUCCCUGGUAUGAAGCACAUGCAGCAUUCACUGAAGAACUUUACAACCCCGAGAAUACGGUGUACUUCAAACUCAAAGAACGUGAAAUUCUUGUAUUUGACAAUAUACGACUCCUACAUGGACGUAAGGGUUAUGAAGACAAACCGAGCAACACCAGGCAUCUUGUGGGGAGUUACGUAGACUGGGACGUCGCUUAUUCACGCAUCAGAGUCCUUCGCAAGAAGCUACGAGGGCACAUACGUUCUCAUCUCUCCUCAACACCUGUACAGAAAUGUACGUAAAGUAUAUGGAGUGCAGAUGUAAAUAAAAGCAAUUCUGCAUCCGCAACGUACCUGACUUAUCUGCAUUACUGCAUAUACAUUUUGAAUUUUCCUGAAAUAAAAAUUCACAUGCACUUUUUCUGCCCUUUCAAAAGAUGUCUCUGAAGGGGUGAAGCUCCACUGUAUUUUAUAUUAUUUAUAAACUGCUGAAGUACUAGUACUACUGUGUGUGGCAGCAUAACUUCUGUGACAUGAGUCUCUGCCAGCUUUGUACUGUCCCCAGUAAAGUAUCUGUAUAAGUGUGUAUAUGUUCUCCAGAAAAAUGUUUGUGACAAAGCUAAGCAUGAAUAAGGCUGGAAAUGCACAUUCCAUAUCACAGUACGCAGACGUUCCACGUGUGCUCUUUGCCUUGCAUCUUUAAAUGGAUGUAACAUUACGAUAAUAUAUAUUUAUCCCUGUAUGAGAGUACACUUCUGUGACAUCAGCCUUUACAAAAAAUUGAAAUGGCCCAGCAGAUUUUGUGAGAUUUUAUCAGAUUUAAACAAAAUCUAUCCAGCAGUUGAGAUGAAGCAUAUGGAUGCAUGGAUAGAUACAAACAGCCUUCACUCUCAGUUUUCCAUUUUUAUGCAUAUCAGGCACAGAAUUCACAAUAUAUUAACCCUUUGAAGGCUAUGAGAUAGCCUGCUAUCGGGGUUACAUAAGCUACUUUAUCGGUUGUGAAGCAUUCCUAGAAGAAAGUUUAAAUAUAGUUUCGUU